AUGGAGGAACACGAAGAUGCUCAAUACUGUUUUCAAGACAGAAACUCUUCUUGCAAAAUGGAUUCACUGUCAACACCUAUGUACAUGUCACUGUACAUCUUCUUCUCAUUGAUUUCAGUGGUUACAGUAUUUUUGAACCUACUGGUGAUCAUCUCCAUCUCUCACUUCAAGCAUCUCCACACUCCAACCAACCUGCUCAUCCUCUCUCUGGCUGUGUCAGAUCACCUGGUGGGACUCAUUGUGAUACCAUCAAUGACUGUAGCAAUAAUGGAAUCAUGCUGGGUUCCUGGGGAAUAUUUCUGUGUGUUGCUUCUCUAUACCUAUUUGGUAUGUACAUCUUUAUCUCUAGGUAAUCUGGUCUUGAUAUCCUUUGACCGUUAUGUUGCGGUUUGUGAUCCCUUACUGUAUCACUCAAAAAUAACAAUACCAAGAAUUAAGUUGUUCAUAUUUAUUAUCUGGUGUUGUUCUAUCAUAUACAAUGUUGUUUCUCUAAAUCUCACUGUAAAUGUUCACGUACCCAGUAGAUGUUUUGAAGAAUGCUAUUUUUCCGAAGGAUUUUUCUCAGGUAUCAUCGUGGACCUCUUUAUUUCACUGGUUAUCCCGUGUUCGAUUAUUUUAACACUUUAUUUGAAAAUAUUUGUGGUGGCCAGAUCACAGGCCAGAAAGGUAUUUUCUAAAGGCCCUACCACUGUGUCUGGUGUUAAAAAUGAACAGGCAAUUAAGUCUGAGAGAAAAGCAUCAAAAACUCUUGCUAUUGUUGUUUUCAACUAUCUAAUGUGUUAUAUUCCAAUUUACUUAUACCAAUGUAUUCAUGUUGCAAGUGGAAAUUCAUCAUCAGCUUUUGUAUGUUUUCUGCUACUUAUUAAUUCCUUAAUUAAUCCAAUAAUUUAUGCAUUCCUUUAUCCAUGGUUCAAAGUGACAGUUAAACGUAUUUUAACUCUGAAUCUAAGGCGUUUGUAG